UAAAGAGGAAGUAACUAAAGCAGACAGAUGUAGAGACAGAGAGAUUCACACAGAGAUCAUUCAGCAGAAAGAAGACUGUACUCAAGUCACAAUGAAGAUCCUCCUCAUCUUCUUCACUUUCUACCUGAUCUCAGCUGCAGAAAAAGACAUUGAUGUCACUGGAUAUUCUGGAGGAAGUGUUCUUGUUGAUUCUGGGGAACUUUGGUUCAGUGACUCUGUUAAAUAUAUGGCCAAAUUACCUGAGUGGAGAACAAUAAUAAAUGAUAAGAAACACAACGAAUGGAUAAAUGAUGGAAAAUUCACAUUGUUUCAAAACAAAGAGGGAAACCUCAUGAUCUACAUCAGAGAUUUGAACGACCGUGAUGCUGGAGAAUACUGGAUUGGUGUUCUUUACAAGUGGGGUAUAGAUAUGACUUUACAUGUGGAAAACGAUUUAUAUGGUAAAGUGACAAAGGGAGUGAUGGUGAAUAUUGGAGAAACUGCCAAUUUCAGUUGUGAAUAUACACAAAAUCAUAUUAAUGAUGUCAAGAUCAUACUCAAAGAAGGAAAAGACUCAAUUGAGACGAUUUACAGCAGAUGGAAGACGAAAGAAAGAUAUAGUAUUUCUGAUGACAAACAAAAAAAUGUCUUCCAUAUGAAGAUUUUUGCUGUGACACCAGAUGAUGGAGGAGUUUAUUUAUGUGGAGUUUGGAUCAACAGACACCCGUACAGUUACUACAUUAUUACUACUGUUGACCUGCACGUUAGUAUGCCUCCAGUAGUGAGACGUGAAGGAGAAUCUGCUGAGAUCUUCUGUCCUUAUGAUUCAAUCUAUAAAUCAAAGCCAAAGUCUCUCUGUAAGGGGAAGUGCUCCACUAGAGACAGAAAUCCUCUCAGUGAGACCGUGAGAGAAGAGAAAGAGACCAAGACUGACAGAUUGACUCUGAAAGAUGACGUCACUGCAAGUGUCUUCACUGGGAGCAUCACUGCUCUGACAGCAGAGGAUGCUGGGAAAUACUGGUGUGCAGUGACAUUAGAAACAGAGCUCAAUUAUCUUCACACUCAUCUGAUGGUCAUCAUGAACGAGGAGCUGAACUUGACUAAGUAUGAAGGAGACGACGUGUCAAUCCAGUGCAAACAUCAGGAUGAAGAUCAGAAAAGCUUCUGCAAAGCACAUGAAGCCUCCAUGUGUGUGAAGGAUGGAGUUUCACUGGAGACGAUCAGAGAUGAUCGAUUCUCUUUCAGUGAUGAAGCAUCUGCUGGAGUCUUUACUGUGAACAUCACUGAUCUGAGAGAAGAGGAUUCUGGGAUAUACUGGUGUGGAGCUCACAUCACCACUAAAGUCAGUCUCACUGUUAAAACAGAUUUCACCUUGCUCAACAUUAUUUGUGUUUCUUCAGCUCUUGUCCUGAUUGGUGGAUUCUCUCUGAUUAUGUGUAAACUGAACCUAUUUUUGUAUUAUGUUAUAUAAAGCAGAUAGUAAUCACUACUGACUAACCCAAUCCCUAAAAUAAAGGCCCAAACCUUUUGUCUGUCCAAAUGAGGGCAACCCAAAAUAUCUUCAGUGGGAAGUUUAUCUCAGAUGUGUUGUGAAUAGGGACAGAUGAGACUGGUGACUGAUUCAA